CAAAAUCCUAAAUCCCAAAUAAACAAACAGAGAAAAAAGGGAGAAAUAUUUAACAACAGUAGGAGUCUACAAGUCCACGGCUUGAUCAAUUUGUUCUUCAUCUAUUUCCUUAUUCUCAGGGAAAUCCAGGGUUUUUGAAUUCGUACUCUCUCUCUCGUUGUCCCUCUCAAAUCAGAAAAGUAUCUGCCUUUUUUAAAAUUCAUUCCCCUUCGAUCUUUGCUUUUUCAUCGCUGAUUGUUCUUAAAAGGAAUCUCUACUUUUUCAAUAAGCAUUAACAUUGUCCGUUUCCUCAUCUUUGGUUCUUCGAUUCUCUUAAAGAGGAUUUUAUACUUGAUUCUGUUGAAGCCCUUUUUCUGGGGUUUUGUCUGCGUUUGUUUCCUUCUUCUAAUCCAGAAUUAAAACUAGCUCUCUGCGCUCAAAGUUUUAAGUUUUAUUCAAAGAGGUGUAAGCAAAUUCUCCAAUUGAUGAUCAACUGUUUAAAAGACUCAAUACAUGUUUUGAUGAGUGUUUUGCUUUCCACUAGUGAUGAUGAUGAUGAUCAUGAAGAGAUUCUCGAACAUGUGGAUGGUCUUACGAAUGCUGAGGAUAGAGAAGAAGUAGAUGCAAAGGAAGAAGAAGGUCAAAUUGUUGGGGACACUCUCACUCUCAAAAGUAGUCUUCGAAAGGUUGAUUCAAAUUCAACAGAAGCUGAGAAGAGGGAGAAGAAGAAGGUACAAUGGGUGGAUGUGAUUGGGAAGGAACUUGCUGAGAUUCGAGAAUUUGAACCUAGUGAUGAAGAUGAUAUUGAUUCUGAUCGAGGCAAAACCUGUGUUUGUAUUAUCCUGUGAUCCGUCCACUUAAGUUUAACUGGGAGAUUUAAGGCAAAAGACAAAGUUGGUGGCUUCAGCAUUAAAUUCCAUAUACAUGGAGGUACAUAUAGAAUCUGCAUUUGUGUUCUAUAGCCAUUCUUAAGUUUGCACGCUUGAAGCCAUAUGAUGAUGAUUCCUGAUUUAACACGGAAGCAUUCUUUUUCUUCUUCUUUAGAAGUGUUUAAAGUAUAGGUCUUUAACUUCAUUCGUUGCUUCAAUCAUUUAAUGAAGUUCUUUCUCAUUCAGAUUGUGGAGCAAGUUUCAAAUAUAACAAUUGCUAUGCAUCGAUAUCUAGUUCUGCGAUUUAGUUCAAAUGACUUUGAUAUCAGUGUGUUUGAUCAAUGUCUAAGUGACAGCUUACUUCAAUUUGAGAGAAAACUAUUGCUUGUUGUCUUUCACGCAGCCAUUGUUUACAUUUAUAGUAAGAAUUUCUGUAUAGAUAUUGCUCUUGGUGUGUUAGCAUAAUUCUGUCAAACUCGAAUCAAAUGUUAUCACUAUUAUAUUUGGGUGCAAAAACAGCAAGUUUGAUAGUGCAGACUAUAUCUCAAGGCUUAGGCUUUGGAGCACUUCUGUUUUCAAUUUCUUCCACUUUACCAGAGGCUCAGUGAAUUCCAUCAAGAAUGUGAAUAGAUCUGUGGUCCACAAGUAUGUAAUUGAAAGAAGUUUGUAGCACCCAAGAACUGGUUUAAGACUCAUCUGUUCCAAAACUCACCGCUCAAUCUGUUAGGAGCAAGAGGUGAUUCAUUCUUGAUUUGGAUCUCAGUAUCUUUCCUGAGUUAUUGUUUGCGGGCGACAUAAGAAUCAUGAAACUAGAAUCUCCUCUGUUUCUUUAGAGAGCCAAUGACACUUGCUCUGAACGUUACCACUUCUGUCAUGUUGCCUUGUCUUCUUGUAGAACUGGUCAUAUUGAGUCAAAACUCAAUUGUUUGUGUAAUAAACGAAUCCAACUGAAG